CAAAAGAGCGGGAGAGCGCAUGCGCAUUGAAGUCAGGGGAAAAGCGGUAGGCUUUGAGGUAAGGGAGGCGAGGGAGACAAAAUGGCGGAACAGCGCAUGCGCCUUUGAGUCAGGUGUAAAAAAAGGCGGUAAACUUUGGAGUAAGGAAAGCGAGGGGGACCAAAAUGGCGGGAGCGCGCAUGCGCCUUGAGGCCGGAGUGGGAAAAGGCGGUUGAGGCGCCCGCUGAGGGAGGCGAUGUGGGGCGGGAAGGGUCGGCUGCUGCUGGCGGUGGCGCUGGGGAUGGCGUUGGAGGCGCUGGCCGGCUGGCUGCGGAGGCGCCGGGGCGAGCGUUGCCCUUCCUCCUCGGUGCGCGAGGUGCUCUUCUUCCCUUCGCGGGCCACCUGCGUCGAGGGGCUGCUCUCCGAGGCGCCUCCUCCUUCUUCUUCUUCUUCGUCCCCGGAGUCUCCUCCGUGCGACUGCCCUCUGCCCCACCGAGAGAGCGCCCUCAGCCGCCUCCUGGCCCGGCUCCUCUCCGCCCGGCGCUCCCUCGAGCUCUGCGUCUUCGCCUUCUCCAGCCCUCAGCUCCGACGCGCCGUCAUCCUCCUCCACCGGAGAGGCGUCCGCGUCCGCGUCGUCACCGACACCGACUACAUGGCCCUCAAUGGCUCCCAGAUCGGGCUCCUCCGCCUCGCAGGGAUCCAGGUCCGUCACGAUCAAGAGACCGGCUACAUGCACCAUAAGUUCGCCAUCGUUGACAGAAAGAUACUGAUCACCGGCUCCUUGAACUGGACCACGCAAGCCAUCCAGAACAACAGGGAGAACGUCCUGAUCGUGGAGGACAAGGACUGCGUCAACAUUUUCCUGGAGGAAUUUGAGAAGAUUUGGGAGGACUACAAUCCGGCUAAUUACAAGUUUUUCACCAAAUGAGGAAAGCCGGUGGCAUAGGACAAAACUGUUCCUGGUACAGAAAGAGAGCUUAGCAAGCAACGGAAGAUUAUUCCACACAAGUUAUUUUAAAAUACUGUACAAGAGUUUAGUGGUGAAAGAUAACCUACUGUCAUUUUUAAAAAGUAAGUUGUUCUUUGAUAAACAGAACAUAAAACAUAUGUUUUAUUUAUUGAGAAAAAGUCAGAAGUCUGGAAGUAACUCCUAAUUCAGAUUCCCUAAGAAGGUCCGGAGCAGGAAUAUGUUCUUCUUAUUUGUUCCCUUUGCACCUGGAAAGUUAGUUUUUCAAGGAGAAAGGUUUUGUUUUAGCUGCCUCCCAAAGUUUCUAGCUUCAAUACACUAGAUGUUGUGUGAAAGCAAAGGAAAGAGAGACUGUGUUCUGCAGUGAUAAAGCCAAGGCCAAGGAGAGAACCGUUUCCUUUCCCCACUUUUUGGACUUCCAACACGUCAACUUGGAAAUAAACACCUACACAUGUGUGCUUACUUCA